GGUACGCAGCGGCCACCAGUACAAAGUACAGGUACCGCAGCGACCAGUCUACAUUUUUCGUCAACCGCCACUACGGGCUACAGCGCGACAACGCCAACUCCCCCACCACGCCACAAAGGCACAAGGUGGGACGGGAAGGCGAGUCGCGUAGAACGAGUACCGGCCGUCGUAGACCUACAACUAGCAUCAUAACCCACGUCGUGAGUACACACGUUACAACACCAUUGCGAUCCGAUCGAUACGCUGAAUUGUGGAACCCGCCGUCCGUUGUUCUCUAUUGUAUUUAUUUUUCUUGUACUGUAAAAUAAAUACGACCUCGUACCGUCAUCCGAGUUUUGUGUUGCUCAUUUAAAACAUCCGAGUGCGAACGCCACCCGCUCCACUCCAUCAACGACCGGCUCUCCGCGGACCACCUACCACCACCGUCGUAGCCGCGUCAAAUUGGCUCCCCGCAGAGGAAUCAUCGCCUCAAGACAGCGUAAAGACAACAUGACCGGCCAACAGCAGGAGAAGUGGCAGCAGGUGGCCGAGUUAAUCCAACGGCUGGGGCUGGUAUCCGGUGGCCAGGAUGAGCCGCGAACAGCCGCCCAGGUCGCGAGGAUGACUACCCGCCAACUCCUGCAGGAUCCAGUGCGGGCGGCCAUCUACAACCGGGGCUGGGCGGACCGUACGAUGGACAUCCAGCGGAGGUUGCGGCCACACCGACCACCAUCAACAUCAACACCCGGCAGCCGCACACCGUCCCUGACAAGGCCACCACCCCCAGCAACGACACCUGCCCCCGUAACACCUGCGGAGCCGGCACCGGUACCCAGGCAAACGGGGGUACUCCCCGGCCCAACGGGAAAGGUGAGGACGGAGGCGCAGCAGGCACGGAACCGCCGGAAAUUCCAGCAGCUAAAGGAAAAGAGGAAAGCCAGGGAAAGCGAGGCAAGCCAACAACGUCGGCUUGCCAAGCAACCCGCGCCAACCUCAGACCCGGAAGCAGCCGGCACGCCUCCGGCCAACCCAACACCGAUGGAGGUGGACAAACCGGCAUCCAAGGACGGCAAGUCCGAGGAGCCGGGACAGCCCACCAGCCAGGAGUCACCAGACCAAUCAGAGGCCACGGUGGACAUAACCGAGGCAGAUUGGCUGGUGGCGUUCGAGGGGAUGCCGGAGUUAGACGACACUCACUCGUUCUACACUCCGGUAGGGUCCCCAAAACACCCCCAGUAACACACACGGGCGCGGGCAAGUCUACCUCAAGCGAAAGCCAGAGGUAGUACAAGCCACCCCCUCCCCUAAUAGCACACAGACACCGGUACAAGUGUACCCCGUGUGACGGUUUGGCGGGGGAGUAUGACACGGUACGCAGCGGCCACCAGUACAAAGUACAGGUACCGCAGCGACCAGUCUACAUUUUUCGUCAACCGCCACUACGGGCUACAGCGCGACAACGCCAACUCCCCCACCACGCCACAAAGGCACAAGGUGGGACGGGAAGGCGAGUCGCGUAGAACGAGUACCGGCCGUCGUAGACCUACAACUAGCAUCAUAACCCACGUCGUGAGUACACACGUUACAACACCAUUGCGAUCCGAUCGAUACGCUGAAUUGUGGAACCCGCCGUCCGUUGUUCUCUAUUGUAUUUAUUUUUCUUGUACUGUAAAAUAAAUACGACCUCGUACCGUCA